AUGGUGGCCCCGUCGGACAUGGACGACGAGACCGAGGCGCUCAUCAGGCAGCUGCAGCAGCAGGACGCCGCGGAGUACAACCGCUCGCGCGGCCUCGGCAGGCGUGAGCGCAAGGCGCCGGAGGUUUACGUGCCCCCGCCCCCCGGCGUGGGCACGCUGGCUAAGAGCGACAGACCCCCGGAGUCCGCCAAGAAGGACGAGGGGCGACGGGAGACCCGCGGCAGGGAUCAGCGGGACACGCGCGCGAGCACCCCCGCGAAGAGCGGCGGCAGCACCAAGUCCGCCACGCAGUCCGCGGAGAAGCCCGCCGGCGGGAGGGCGUCGAAAACCGCCGAGGCGCCCCAGUCGGGCGGCCGAAGCUCGCGCUCCCGAGACGCCUCCGCGUCCACCAAGCCCCCGCUCGAGGGCUACGUCCUCCACCAGGAGGACAUCUGGAAGAAAGUCACGCCGAGACCCGGCGGCGGCGACCACUGCGACAUCAUCUACAAGCGUUUCGACCCGGCCACCCGCGAGGAGCAACCCUUCCACGAUUGCAACCGGGUCGGCGAGUACGCCAAGGGGGAGAACAUGAAGUCGCUCAGGUCCGUCACGGCCGUGAACAGGUACCUGGAGCGCAGGAGCAAGCAGAAGACCAAGGCGGACCGCAAGGCGGCGGCGCCCAAGAGCGCCGAGAAGCCGGCCAAGAGCGCGGCGCCCGAGGGUGGGAGGGAGCCUCCGGCGGAGAUGCCGCCGCCGCCCGCGCGGGGAUCGAGGAGCAGACCCGCGCGCGGCGACCCGGCGGCGACCCAAACCCCGGGCAAGGACGGCGGCAAGGGCGGCGGCAAGGACCCGUCGCCCGGCGAGAAGUCCGCGGAUCGAUCCGCGGAGAAGGCUCGGGCCGGAAGAGGAGGCCGGAGCGCCGCGAGGAGGAAUCCCGACACAGCUGUCUCUGUUACGCCUCCGGACGUCGCGAUCGAGACGGAGGCGGCCCCCGUCGCGCCGUCGCUGAGCUCGGGCGUCGACGCGCAGACCGCGAAGGCGAUGGCGAGGUACGCGCUGGAACGAAUGAGCCGCGGCAUCCGCGACGUCGCCGAGCAGAUCCGAGCCGAGAGAACCCUCGGGGGGGAGGGCUCGGGCGACGAGCGCCCGGAGCUGAUGCCGGGCGGGACGUACCGGCUGGUGUGCGACCGAUGCGCGAACAGCAUCGCCGACUGCUUCAGGCACUGCGACGGGUGCGAGAACGACUUUUGCCUCGAGUGCUGCGCCGAGGUCAGGCGCGCUCGCGCCGAGACUGGAGCCCCCGAGGUUUCCACCGCGUGUCCGCACUGCGUGGCUGGGGCGAAGGACGACGACGCGCUCGCCAAGGCUCGAACCAACGGGAUGAGCCUCAAGGUUCGCAGCUUCAGCGUCACCACGAAACGCUCGCUGGACGCCGCUCGCGCCGCGCCGGACCCGCUCUCCGACCUCGCCGCGCUCGUCGACGAGUACGGCGUCCUCGGAGGUAAGGUCAAGCCGGAGGAGGACGCCAAGCCGUGCGCGAGAUGCGCCGCCGCGUCCAACGCGUCCGGACGCUCCAAGCGAUCGUCCACCGCGUCGCGGAGUGCCGCCGGCGGAGGCAACGCGAGCGACGCGACGAUUCGCGCGUCGUCUCAGCCCGACGAUUCGUGUCCCGUGUGGGCGCCGCGGCGAUCGGACAUCGACCCGCGGCGGCACGGCGCCGACGUCGCGGGGGCGGCGCUGGCGCACUUUCAGAGGCACUGGCGCCGCGGGGACCCGGUGGUGGUCCGCGGGGUGGAGGGCGACGCACCGGGGUGCUGGACCCCCGCGGGGGUGACGGCGGCCAUCACGGACGGGAGCGUGGAGGUGCUGGUGUGCGAAACCGGGGAGCGCAGGAGCGUCGGCGUCGAGGAGUUCUUCCGGGGGUUCAAACAGCCGGGAGCGCAGAUGCUCAAGGUCAAGGACUGGCCCUCGGAGGAGGAGUUCAAGCAGAAGCUCCCGAGGCACUAUGCCGAUUUCGUGCGCAUGCUCCCGUUUCAGCCGUACACCAACCCGGUGGACGGCCCGCUCAACCUGUCGUGCAGGCUGCCCAAGGAGUGGGUCCCGCCCGAUCUCGGCCCCAAGUCGUACGUCGCGUACGGCCGCGAGGAGCAGAAGGGCGCGGGGGACUCGGUGACGAGGCUCCAUCGGGACAUGUCGGACGCGGUCAACGUCCUGCUUCACGUGGAGCCGAGGGGCGCCGAGGGAGACGAGCCCGUCGAGGGCGCGAGGUGGGACAUCUUCCGCAGGCAAGAUUUCGAGAAGCUGGAGACUUGGCUCCAGGCGAAGAUGGGCGAAGGCGCGCUCGGCAACGUCGCGCCCGAGGGGACGACGCAUGACGGCGGGAAGAAGCCCACGGGCCACCCGAUUCACGACGUGCGCGUCUUUCUCACCGAAGCAGAUCUCGCGGCGCUCGCGCGGGACGUCGGCGUCAAGCCCUGGACUUUCGAUCAGAGGGAGGGGGACGCAGUGUUCGUCCCGGCGGGAUGCGCGCACCAGGUCCGGAACCUUCGCGGCUGUAUCAAGGUUGCCCUCGAUUUCGUCUCCCCGGAGAGCGUGGGCGAGUGCCUGGCGAUGGCGCGCGGACUUCGAGCGCACAACGUCGAGGAUAAGCUGCAGGUGCGCGCGAUGAUGCUCCACGGCGCGAGGCACGCCGACGUCGCCCUCAACGGCGGCAGGGUCAGGACCUACGGGAAGGCUUCGGCCGCGGCGAUCGCCGCGAUCGAACGUGAGGAGGCUGUCGCGGCGGCUGCCAGGGCCAAGACCGUCGAGGUCAAGGUCGAGAAGGAGGAGGUGAAGAAGGGGGAUGCGAAGAAGGAGGGGGCGCCGGCGAGCAAAAGGGUGAAGGGCGAAGCGGCGCCUGCGUCGAACGGCGGCGGCGCGGCGGAGGCGGCGGCGAAGGCUUCCGAGGCUGCGAAAAAGGCUGAGCGGGCGGCGGCGGCUGCGGAGGCGGCGGCGGCGCGGGCCAAGGCGGAGGAGGAGGCGCUGGACGACGAGCACGACGAAGCCGCUGAGCUCCUCCUCGGCCUCGGCGCGUUCACGGCCAAGCCCGCUCCGAAGAGGCCCAAGCCCAAGCCGGUCGAGGUUCCACCCGCGAAGAAGGCUAAGGCAGCGGCCAAGCCGCCCGACAAAACGGAGGCUCCCGCGGCGGUGGUCAACCCUCUCGCAGCCUACCAGCAGGCGUACGCCGCGAUGAUGGCGCAGCACCACCAGCAGCAGGUGCAGCAGCAGGUGCAGCAGACGCACCCCGAAGCGGAGAUCGCGGCGGCUCUCAAGAGAGAAAACGCCGCCGCGGGGGCGCCGUCGUUCUUCGGCGGCGUCGCCGCGCCCGCGCCAGUCGCCGCGCCGGCUCCGAGCGUCACCCAGAACCCGCAGGCGGCUGCCUACGCCGCCCUGCAGCAGCAGCAGAUUUUCACGGAGGAGAUGCAGCGGGUGGCUCUGCAGCAACAGCUGAUGGCGGCGUACGCCAGUAACCCCAUGAUGGCUGCGAUGAUGCCAAACCCGGAGAUGUUGCGGCAGUACGCGGCGACGCUCAUGCAGCAGUAUCAGGAUCAUCAGGUUGGCGCCGCCACCGCGCAGCCGCAGCAGCCGGGAGCCGGGGACGCGGGAAACGUAACCGGCGUCUCGCUUCCCGCCGGGGACGACGCGAAACCCUGA